AAGAUCCUCGGUUGAACCAGGCGCGUUGUCGGCCUGGCGAUCAAGGGUGCCGCCCGACAGAAUGAGUCGCACACAGGCGCUAGGAUCACCCUCGUUUCUUGAUACUAGCAACCCCUCAGAAUUUCAAAAUGCCUGGCUGGAGGGACGAGUACCUUACAUCCAUCAAGGAUGUCGAGCUAAAGACUCCGGUCAAUAUGGAGUUGGUUCAAGCUUGCUCCCAGAUGGCGGAUCGCAUCUCAGCGUUGGAAGCCGAGAAAGCAGCGCUGGAAUCGCAAAUCCCCAGCAAAAAGGCGAAUAAGGGCAAGUCAGCAGCGCCAGAUAAUACCGAGACGGCGCAGGUUCGAUAUGAACUUGCAGAGGCCUUGCGCGCCAAAGGCGUGAGCGAUGCCCGUUUGCGAACGGCAGAGGAAGAACUCGGGAAACUGCGCAUCAAGACCAAGAGCGACGCAACAGCUUUGAAGAAACUGGAGGCUGAGAGGAACUCGCUGCGCACGCGUCUGAACGAUCUCCAGCACGAGGCGAAUGCCAAACGGCAACAUCACGAGGGUUUCCAGGACGAAAUUGUCGCUUUGAACCUCCAGCUUGCCAUGGCCGACAAGGAAGUGGCCAAAGUGAAAAAAGAAAACAAGGAGCUCAUCGACAGGUGGAUGAAGAGGAUGGGCCAGGAAGCCGACGCCAUGAACCUCGCUAACGAGGGCACCUCACGAUGAGCCACGGCUGUGUAACAAC